AUCAUUAACCCCACCAUCAACCAUCAACCCCAUUAACGCUAGCCAUUGCUACCCCACCUAAAUAUUUUAGAUCCUACACCCUAGAGCUUCUGAGCUUCUGAGCUUCGUGAUAUUCCUCUUUGCUCAACUCAAACUUACCUAAUAUUGUAGAAACUCUAAGGCCAGCAUCAUGACAGACCUCAACCUACAAGACAUCCACGACACGUUAAUAUCGGUGGCCCACGAGGCCGGCCGUAUGAUCUUGUCUGCGAAUCCUCAAGAUAUAGAUACGGGAACAAAGUUGAAUUCCGCCGACAUAGUCACCGAAACUGACAAAGCCGUUGAGGCCCUCGUCUCGUCGCGACUCUCCAAGGCCUACCCCACCUUCGCCUUCAUCGGCGAGGAGACGUAUAAGCCAGGAAUGCAAGUCACCACAGCACCGACUUUCAUCGUAGACCCUAUCGAUGGCACCCUUAACUUCGUACACAACUUCCCGGAGGCCUGCAUCUCGCUAGGCUUCGCAGUCGACCGAAUUCCCACCGUCGGAAUCGUGUAUAACCCCUACCAAGAUAAGCUAUACUCCGCAAUCCGCGGGCAGGGUGCGUAUUUAACGCAAGGCGCCGUCUGGGGACUCGAGGGUGGCAAAGGGCGCAAAGCCAAGUUGCCGCUGUCCAAGAACCCCCCGCCUCUAAAGGAGUUGUAUACGUGCAUGUUAGCAAGCGAAUGGGGCAAUAGCCGAGAUGGCGUCAAUUUCGAGGUCAAGACGGAAGUCUUUAAGAAGCUAUGCGCAAGCAAGGAGACUGGAGGUGCCAUGGUGCAAUCUAUAAGAAGCAUGGGCAGCGCUGCAUUGAAUUUGUGCGCCGUAGCUGCGGGUCAGCUCGACGCGUACUGGGAAGGCGGCUGCUGGGCGUGGGACGUCUGCGCCGGCUGGGCGAUACUUGCCGAAGCCGGAGGUAUUAUGGUCAGCGGCAACCCGGGAGACUGGGAGCCCAAGAUCGACGAGCGCAAAUACUUCGCGGUGCGCGGCGCGCCCAGUGGGCAAAAGGAGCUUGUGGAGGAGUUUUGGAACGUGGUCGGCGACAGGAGGAUGGAGUACGAGAGUUAGGAUGUAUACGAGAUUUAAGGCGACCUAUCUAGGGCUACGAACUGACGAUGACGAUGAAUAUUAUUGGAACGGCAUAUUAUUCCAAGAACGUGGCUCGGCCGGACUAGACAAAGGAGUAGAGGGGAGGGAUAGAUAAUCGACCAACUAAUAGACCACACAUUAGGG